AUGUCGUCGAAAAUUCGCAUUUUAUUCCCCCGGAACCCCCCGGACGUUUUUGACGACUGUAAGGAGUUUCCGACAUAUGCGCCAACGAUUGAAUGUCUGUUUCCGGGGUGGACGUUGGAGAUAAUUAUGACAAUUUCGCAAGCCCUUCAGCUUACUGUAGAGCCGGUUUUUAUGGAGGGCGCCGUCGGUGAGGUGAACUGGGGAACUUUGGCGAACGGAAGCUGGGAGGGUGCAUUACAAUACCUACAACAAGAUAAAGUUGACGUGAUCGCACUGCUUUUUCAACAAACCGACGUGCGGGCGCAGUAUUUCGAUUAUUCGUAUCCGGUUACUUAUAUCCAACAAGUCUUAAACGUCCGCGAAAUCGAUGCCACCGGUGAAAUCUCCAUUUGGGACGCGAUGAAGCCGUAUCAAAACCCGGUGUGGGGCAUAUUCCUUGCCUCGCUGGCCCUCCAGGCUGUAGCGUUAAUUUUUGUAAAAAAGGUGGAAAAUCGGCUCGACGGGAUCCAGGGAGAUAGCUGCUGGGAGACAGUCUGGAAUUUAAUCGCCUACCAAUUAAUGCAAUACCAGGAAUCGCUGAAUUUUUUUACAAAUGCUGGCCGUUUCCUGUUGAUAAUCUUCGGCGUGGGCCAUCUCCUUCUAUUCCUCGGCCUAUAUCAAAGCUAUUUAAUUUCCGCGUUGCUCCAAGAUACAGUAACCCUACCAUUUAAGGACCUAAACGAAAUGAUCCAAUCAGUCAGUGACGGUCACUACCAGGCUGUGAAGAUACAGAAUGGGAAUUGGAUUUUCUCGGACAUCGAAGUGAGCCCAUUUUUCGAGUCGAUGCGCUCGGCACUAAAGUUGAAUCCCUGGGCGAUUGUCAAGGACAGUUUUGCCGGGAUCGAUCUGUUAGAAACGGGAAAAUACGUAAUGUUUAACCAAAUCGACGCCUAUUCCGCACUGUACGUCAGCCAAAGAUGCGAUUUGCUGACGAUUAGCGAAGGUCUUCCACAAAAAUCGGCUCAUUUUCUCUUCCAGCGUGGCUCCGAAUUUCUGAGCAAAUUUAAUAAGCAAAUUAUCAUGCAACAAUCCUUCAUCCUACGCACCUACAACAAAUACUUUGACUCGGGCUUCAAGCUGUCCCGGCCGAGCGAUUGCCACGAGUCCUCAGGACCUACUGGCGAUUUUAAAGUUUUGGGCGUCAUGGACUGCAUCGGGCUGUUCGUGGUUUUGCUGAUCGGCUGGGCUGCGGCCCCAUUCGUCUUCAUUGCCGAAAUCUUUGUUUUUAAGAUCGUUGCCCGGAAAGUGACCGGAAGGCCGAAAUUA